ACAUCAGCCUGGCCGUCGUGACGUCACGCCACUUCCUGUCUCCACCCGUUUGCAGCCAUGAUGCAGGAAGGGCUGGACGACGGACCCGACUUCCUCUCCGAGGAGGACCGGGGACCGCGGGCAGUGAACGUGGAUCUGCAGACGGACGCCACGCUGCAGGUCGACAUCUCUGACGCUCUGAGUGAGAGAGACAAGGUCAAGUUCACCGUCCACACCAAGAGCACGCUCCCUAACUUUAAGCAGAAUGAGUUCUCAGUGGUACGACAGCACGAAGAGUUCAUCUGGCUGCACGACUCGUUUGUCGAGAAUGAAGAGUAUGCAGGAUACAUCAUCCCCCCAGCCCCUCCCAGACCAGACUUUGAUGCGUCCAGAGAGAAGCUGCAGAAGCUGGGGGAGGGAGAAGGAUCCAUGACCAAGGAGGAGUUCACUAAGAUGAAGCAGGAGCUGGAAGCAGAGUACCUGGCCAUCUUUAAGAAGACCGUCGCCAUGCAUGAGGUCUUCCUGUGUCGUGUGGCGGCUCAUCCGGUCCUCAGGAAAGACCUCAACUUCCAUGUCUUCCUGGAAUACAACCAGGACCUGAGUGUGCGAGGGAAGAACAAGAAGGAGAAGCUGGAGGACUUCUUUAAGAAUGUGGUGAAGUCUGCUGACGGCGUCCUGGUGGCCGGAGUCAAGGACGUGGACGACUUCUUCGAACACGAGAAGACGUUUCUGUUAGAAUAUCACAACAGAGUGAAAGAUGCUUCGGCCAAAUCUGACAGAAUGAUCCGCUCGCACAAAAACGCUGCAGACGACAUCAACAGAAUCGCCUCGUCUCUCUACACAUUAGGAACGCAGGACUCCACAGACCUCUGCAAGUUUUUCCUGAAAGUGUCAGAGCUCUUCGAGAAAACGAGGAAAAUUGAAGCUCGAGUUGCGGCAGAUGAAGACCUGAAGCUGGCUGACCUGUUAAAAUAUUACCUGAGAGAGUCCCAGGCUGCAAAGGACUUGCUGUACCGGAGGAGCCGCGCUCUGGUCGACUACGAGAACGCCAACAAGGCUCUGGAUAAAGCUCGAGCCAAAAACAGAGACGUCCUGCAGGCUGAGACCAGCCAGCAGCUCUGCUGCCACAAGUUUGAAAAGAUCUCUGAGUCCGCCAAGCAAGAGCUCAUAGACUUCAAGACGAGACGAGUGGCAGCUUUCAGGAAGAACCUGGUGGAGCUGGCAGAGCUGGAGCUUAAACACGCCAAGGGGAACCUCCAGCUGCUGCAGAGCUGUCUGGGCGUCCUGAAAGGAAAUACUUAACUGUGCAACCCCGCCCACAUCCAACUGGACACGCCUGCUGUGGGCGGAGCCCCGAUGGACGAACGACACUGAGAACUCUGGACCAGAGAGAGAGAGAGAGAGAGUGAGAGAGAGAGAGUGACAGGAAGUCUGUCGUCUUCAUCACUAACCAGACACCGUCCUCUUCAUCUUCUUCAUCCUCCUCCUGUCCUUACCCACUCCCUCUCCCUCUCUCUCUCCAGCAGCACUUGUACUGGUUCUAACGGUUCUACUGGUCCAGUAUCAGACCUGAAGCACCUGCACUGGUUCUACUGGUCCAGCAGAACCAGUGUGGUCAGCCUCUGUCUCUCCUGAGUGACACUCGUACAAAACUUUAUUAUCACCGAACAGAGGAAAGAAAAUGUCCUGUGUUCCUUUUCCAGAUUAAACAAACGGUUUCUCUCCAACGAACACAAACAGAUAAAAAUCAAUCAAUAGAUUUACAGCUAGCCAAAAGCUAACACAUGACUCACACUGACUGUUGGUCUCAGAUGAGACCUGAACCCCUGACCCCCCUCAGUCUGAUCCACAGACCUCUGAAGCACAACAGGAACAUAUGAAGGUCACUCAGAGGAGACGGUGCUGAUCCCAGUCAGGAACUGGUUCCAGUUUGUCUCUGCUGGUCUCCACCCUGCAACAGCCUCCAUCUCACAAACUGUUUGUCUUUUGUUGAGUCACAGAAGUCUUUUUUUUUUUUCUAAAAAGAGAAGUGUGAACAUAUGGACCUGUUUCAUAUAAAUCUACAGAAACUCACUGGAUUCACUUAAGAAACAAAUCUGUGCUCUCAUCUCAUAAUUCUGACUUAAUAUCUUAUGAUUAUGAGUUAAUAUCUCAAAAUUAUGAUUUAAUGUCUCAUAAUUGUGAUUUCAUAUCUCAUAAUCAUGAGUUAAUCUCAUAGUUAUGAGUUAAUAUCUCAUGUGUUAAUAUCUCAUAACUAUGAUAGUUAAUAUCAUAGCUAUGAGUUAAUAUCUCAUAAUUGCAAGUUAAUGUCUCAUAAUUAUGAGUUAAUAUCUCAUAAUUACAAGUUAAUAUCUCAUAAUUACGAGUUAAUAUCUCAUAGUUAUGAGUUCGUCUCGUCGAGAUGACGUGUUAAUAUCUCAUAGCUAUGAGUUAAUAUCUCAUAGUCAGGAGUUAAUAUCUCAUAGCUAUGAAUUAACAUCCCAUUGUUAUGAGUUAAUAUCUCAAAAAUUAUGAGUUAAUAUCUCGGAAUUAUGAGUUAAUAUCUCAAAAAUUAUGAGUUAAUAUCUCGGAAUUAUGAGUUAAUAUCUCAGAAUUAUGAGUUAAUAUAUCAUAGUUAUGAGUUGAUAUCUCAGAAGUAUGCGUUAGUAUCUCAUAGUUAUCAGUUAAUAUCUCAAAAUCACAACGUAAUAUCUCAUAACUGAUUUAUCUAAUAGUUAAGAGCUAAUUUCUCAUAAUUAUGACUUAGUAUCUCAUAUGGGUCUCUUAUGAGUUACUAUCUCAUAAUUUCAACUCAUUUAUCCCUUAAUAUCUCAUAAUUUUGAUGAUGACUGAUUUUUUUUUCUAGUGAUUAAGAGUUUUGGCGUCUCGCCUGUUUCUUUGGUGAAUCCAGCGAUCUUCAGUAGAAGUUGAUAUUUUGUGUUGAUGUGUAGAAAAUGAGUGAAAGAUGAAGAAAAUGAUCUCGUCUUUUCCUUAAGUAGCUGUUACAUUAUUCUCACAGGAGUUAAAGAUAAACUCUGCAGGAUUUUUUCUAAAAACACUAAAUUCAUACAGCAGUAAUCCCUCUCUGUCAUCACUUAUGACCCGCCCUCAGUGUGGUGUUGUGUUUAUCUGCAGAGACUCCGCCCUCUGAACAGAGUUUAUUGUCAGGUCAGGACUUUAUAAAGAGGCGGAGACCAGAAGCACGUAUCCAGGAGGAAGCUCCAACAAUCAGACACUGUGCAGAAAAACACAUGUACAAUGUAGUGAAUGAGAGUGAAUCUGGUGUCGGCUGUCACUUCCCCUGCUGCUCCUGUCACAGGCAGUAGAGACAGUUCUGUGUAGUUUACCUUUUAAUUUGAUCAUCUUUCACUCAUUAGACGAAAAAAAGACUUUCAUGACUCAUAAAGACAAAAACAUGGAGGUGUUUCACAGUGCAGAUGGUUCAGUCUGUCUCAUCAGCGUGUCACUCUGUCUUCAUCUUCUUUUGUCGUCUUAUUUUGGCGGUGUGUGUGUGUACGUCCGGGGGUGCUUUUAAUGUGUCGGUGAACUUCCUGUGCUGCUGCUGUGUGACGGCGUUUUGAGUCCAGCUCUCGGUUCCCGUUCUUAUUAAAGUGUAAUGUCACUAAAUAAAAAAAAAGCCUUGUAUAUGUUUGUAUUAGUUAACUAAUGAACGCUAAUCAUCAUCAACAUCAUCAUCAUCAUCAUCACUAACAGUAGCUUUGUUUAUUUUUCUCUGAAUCAGCUGUUUGUUGCCGUGGAGCUUCAGUCUGUUUGCCUUAACGUCGACCAGUCGCUCCGUUUGAUUUGUUGUUUCUUUUUUAAAGUGCACUGUAUACGAAUGUUUUUUCACUCUUAUGUGACCAAAGCUUCCAUUUCUGAUUCAAGACGAAGACGUGAUGAAAAAAAAGAGAAAUAAAAAGAAGAGAAGAAUAAAAACAGAUGAUUUAUGAAACUCACAACAUUUUAGUUGUUUCAAGUUCAGCAGGUCUGUAAUCCACCCUGGUCAUACUGAGACUGAAUAAAACUUUACGGACACUUUUCUUACAA